AUGGCAGAGCAGCCUAAUAAUCUAUCUCCCUAUGUCAUCCUCUUCAUCUUUUUUAUCUCAUCAUCAACUGUCAUUUCUCACAAACCAGCCGCAUGCAUCAAAAGGGAUCAAGACUCUCUUCAGUCCUCUUUUGAUAUGCCUUCUCAUUUGAAUUGGUCUUCUGAGGAUUGCUGUCACUGGGAGGGCAUUACUUGCGAUAUGGCUGGUCGGAUCACACAUAUAUCGUUGCCCUACAAAGGCCUCAAACUCAAAGGGGGUGAUUCUUUUCCCUCUUCUCCACUUGGAAAUCUUUCGCAUCUCACCCACCUCAAUUUGUCCCACAAUUCACUUGAAGGUUCACUUGAUCAAACUGGAUUCUUCUCAUCUUUGAGUCGUCUUGAGAUCCUAGAUUUGAGCUACAACCUUCUUUCUGGAGAAUUACCAUUUUCUCUACCAUCCAGUAAUAUCCAAAUGCUUGAUUUGAGCUACAACCUUCUUCAAGGUUCAAUUCCUUCUUCAUUCUUCAAAGAAGCAUGGCGUUUGACUAGUUUUAAUGUCAGUUACAAUUUCUUGACUGGAUCUAUACCAUCCUCUUAUAUUUGUCUUCAUUCUUAUCCCUUGAUUAGCCUGUUGGAUUUUUCCUCCAAUAAUUUCAAUGGUAGCAUUUCUUGUGGGUUAGGGAAGUGUUUGAAACUGCAGGUGUUUCGUGCUGGUAGCAAUAGCCUCUCAGGAUUACUUCCAGAAGAUAUCUACAAUGCUACAAAACUUGAGGAAAUUUCAUUACCUCAGAAUUCAUUUCAUGGAGCUAUUAGUGAAAGAAUUGUUAACCUCGCCAAUCUCGAAAUCCUCGACUUAAACUCGAAUGGAUUGAGUGGCAAGCUACCUUCAAGUAUUGGUAAGCUCUCCAAAUUGAAACUCUUGCUGCUUCAUUCCAACAACCUAGAAGGUUCUGUGCCCCCACCUUUGAUGAAUUGCAUGAACCUUACAGAACUGAAUCUGGGAUUCAACAAAUUUGACGGAAAUAUCUCUGCACUUAACUUCUCCAAACUUAGUCAACUAACUAAACUUGACUUUGUGAUUAAUCGCUUCACUGGCAUCCUUCCAGUAAGCCUUUACUCAUGUAAGUCCUUGAAAGCAAUUCGACUAAGCCAAAACGAUUUACAAGUAGAAAUACAAUCAGAGAUUCUAUCAUUGAAGUCAUUGUCCUUCCUCUCUCUGGGUCAGUGUCGACUGGCCAAUAUCACAAGCACAAUGAAGAUAUUGAUGCGUUGCAAAAGUCUUGUAUUCCUAUCUGUUUCUAAUAAUUUUGUAGGCGAGGAAAUGCCAGCUGAUCUUGGCAUGGUUGAUUUUGAAGGAUUCCAAAAACUUCGAUAUCUGAGUUUAAGUGGAUGUGAGUUCACGGGUCAAUUACCUGCAUGGUUAUCUAACCUCAAGAAGCUACAGGUCUUGGAUCUUGGAGAUAAUAGAAUCACAGGGUCAAUUCCUAAUUGGUUGGGGACUCUUCCAAGGCUAUCUUAUCUAAGUUUGGGUAAUAAUUCAAUUUCGGGUGAAUUUCCGAAGGAACUUUGUACACUACCAAUGUUGAUAUCUGAAACAAAUGCAGCUCAAGUAGAUGAUCUUGAAUUGAUUGUCUACAAAUGGCAAGGUGCAUCGUAUCAUCAAUACAGAAUGUCUAAUCUGCGAGGGAAAAGUAUAGGCAAUAGUACCGUCGAGACGCGUAUUGAUUUUGGCCAAGUACGGAUCUUUUCCCGGAAAUUGGAUCUUGGCAACAAUAACUUAUCCGGGAAUAUUCCAGACCAAAUAUCUAACCUCAGGAAUUUGGAGGUAUUGGAACUUCAAAUGAACCAUUUUUCUGGAAAAGUCCCACCAUCACUGGCAAGCCUUAAUUUCUUGAAUUACAUUAAUGUCUCAUACAAUAAUCUUGAAGGACCAAUACCAAGAAGCACCCACCUUCAAAGACUCGAUGCUUCAUCAUUUGAGGGGAAUGCAAAACUUUGUGGUGCUCCGCUUCCAAAUAAGUGCUUACCAAUCAAAGGCAAUGAUGCAGACAAUGGAAACAGCCAAGACCAUGAGGAGAAUGGGCAUGAAAAUCAAAUACCAUGGUUCCAUAUUUCCGUGGUUCUUGGGUUCAUCACAGGAUUUUGGGGAGUCUGUGGGUCUUUAGUGCUUAAGGAGAAGUGGAGGUAUGGAUACUUCAAAUUUGUAGAUAGGGUUCAAGAGAGGAUACUUCUGUGUAGGGCCAAGUUGCAGAGUAGGCUUAGAAGCUAA